GCUCCUCUCCCCUCCCCUCCCCUCCCCUCCCCGAUCGAUAGAAGAGGCUCGCGAGUUUGCGCUCUUUCGUCGCUUCCUGCCGUCAGCAUUCCGUUUUGCAGUGUCCUUCGACUCGUGCCCGCCCCCCGGUCAAACUCCCCCUCGGAGGCAAUCGCGGAGGAUUUUCCCUUCCCGAUCGCCACGUGACACGCGACCGGGGGCUCGUCGGAGGCGUGUGCACCGCGCGCCUCUCACAUCUCGAGGGAAGGCCCAAACGACCGCGUGCCUCAUUCCGUCCGCGUCUCGCGCGCCUCAUCGACCCGUGCAACGUCUGUGGUUCUCCCGAUCUCCCCGGCGUUCGCCCAGGUUCGUCCCCGCCAGCGAGUCGAGAGGCAUUCGAGGUCGACACGUCGACGUCCGAUCGAGGCAGCCAUGUCGGGUUCCGGAAUCGCCGCCGCGGAGCAACUGUCGAAGUCCGACACCUUGGGACUUCGAAAGAAACACCUCGGACCGUCCUGCUCUCUCUUCUUCGAGAAGGACCCGCUGAAGAUCGUGAGGGCCGAGGGUCAGUACAUGUACGACGAAGACGGUCGCCAGUACCUGGACUGCAUCAACAACGUCUGUCACGUGGGUCACUGUAACAAGCGGGUCGUCGAGGCGGCGUGCCAGCAGCUGUCCACGCUCAACACCAAUUCCCGGUUUCUCUACGAUAACCUGUCCCUUUACGCUCGGAAACUCUGUUCCCUGUUCCCGGACCCCCUGUCCGUCGUCUUCUUCACGAAUUCCGGCUCGGAGGCGACGGAUUUGGCGCUCCGCCUCGCCCGGGCCCACACCGACUCCUUCAUCACCAUCACGCUCGAACACGCAUACCACGGCCACGUGACGUCGGCCAUGGAAGUGAGUCCGUACAAGUGUCCCGAGGGGAAGAUGACCUUGCCUCCGUACGUCCAUGUCGCCCCGUGCCCGGAUUCCUACCGCGGCAAGCACCGCGACGCGGACCACGGCCCGGAGGAGCUCGGCCGUCUCUACGCGAAGGAGGUGAAGGACAUCUGCGAGAAGGUGACGAAGGGCGGGGAUCGCGUCGGGGCCUUCAUCGCCGAGAGCAUGCAGAGCUGCGGAGGACAGAUCAUCUUUCCCCCGGAUUAUCUUCGACGCACCUACGAGUGCGUUCGAGAGGCAGGAGGAGUCUGCAUCGCGGACGAAGUCCAGAUCGGCUUCGGACGGGUCGGGACGCAUUGGUGGGCGUUCGAGACUCAGGGCGUCGUGCCCGACAUCGUCACUCUCGGGAAGCCCAUCGGGAACGGACAUCCUCUCUCCGCCGUCGUGACGACCCCCGAAAUCGCCAAAAGUUUCCAUUCCACGGGAAUCGAGUUCUUCAGCACGUUUGGAGGUAACCCGGUGUCGUGUGCCAUCGGAAUGGCUGUGAUAAAAGAAGUGGAGGAUCGGGAUCUCAAGACCCAUGCGAAGGAGGUCGGUGAUUACCUUGUGAGUUCUCUGAGGAGCCUCAUGCCCCGGUUCCCCAUGAUCGGGGACGUUCGGGGAAUCGGUCUUUUCGUCGGCAUCGACUUGGUUCGGGAUCGGGAGCUCCGGACCCCUGCCACCGAGGAAGCCAGACGUCUCUUGUUCAGGUUGAGACAGGAGGGUGUGAUCUUGAGUUUGGACGGUCCCUACGAUAACGUACUCAAGUUCAAGCCUCCCAUGACGUUCUCGAAGGCCAACGUGGAUCGUAUCGUCCUUCUUCUCCAACGCCUCAUCCCCGAGAUCAAAGAAGAUGCGACGGCGGGCUUCCAGAAGAAACCUGAGGCGUGCAAUGCACUCACCGCGGACAAGCCAGUCUCGCGUAAUGCUCGCAUCUGUGUUGCACCGCUCAUCCAGCCACCCGGGGAUUUACUAUGUGGAAUGCGAAGAGCACAGGGGUGUCAGAGUCGGAUGAAGAGUGGUUAUAUCGCCAGCUGCUACUGAAAGUCAUGUCCUCUAAGACUCAAUCCUUUGGUUUUUUUUCCUGCAAUUUCUCCUUGAGAAGAGUUCAAACGUGUGAAAUCACUAUCCAGUGUGCACAACACCUUAUCCGGCGACUUUGUUCCUGCUGUAGUUGAUUGCUAAUGUCACUUAUAUUUUUCUCCUGUUCUUCUAUUCCUGGAAAAUAUUAGGAAUAAAAGAAGGAUAACUCUAUUAUUAGUUCAAUAUAAAAAAA